AUGACCUACAGCUACAGCCACGGCUACGCCCUCGCGACCUUCGUCGCGGCCAUCACGGCGCAUAUCCUCCUCGUCCUCGUCCUCGUCUACGUCCCGCCGACUUCCUCCCUGCGAGCAUGGCUGUUACCGGUGCUGGUAGUCCCUACGCUCGUCGUGUCGCGGACGGCCGUCCACGCAACUCCCGUCAUGCCGCUCAACUUUGUCAUUGGCGUCGGCUACGGCUUGAGGUUGGCGCUGGAGAUGUUCGACCUUCUCUGCAUAUCAAAGGUGGCCUAUCCGGGGCACACUGGCUCUAAGACCAGCGACGGGACUCGUGGCAAGCCGGGUGACAGUUUGCCUUGGUAUACCAGAGCCUACAGAGCAGCGGUAUGGCUGGGUGAGGCCUCUUCUACGGACAGAGGGCGAAACGGGUACAUCGACAUCUCUCGAGAGAAGGCAAAGAAGACGUCAAAAAGGCAGUUCCUGGUUUUCAGAUCUAUACGCUUUAUACUUUGCUAUUUACUGCUGGACUUGAUCACGUCUCAGUCCCUGGAGGAUGCGGAUGUCAAGUUUGCUCCCGGUAAGGAGAAGAUCCUUUCUCGCAUCAUAGCUGGAGACUUCUCGGGCCAGGAUUUUGGAGAGACCCUGGGCUCGAUCGUUGGGUUCGCCGCGGCAGGAUACCUGAAUCUGGUUGUCCUUAUUGAUUUCGCCUCGGUGCUGGCAGUGAGCCUGGGAAUUAGUGAGGUUCAAGACUGGCCUCCUUGGUUCGGGCCCUUGACCAAGCUCUACUCCAUUAGGAAUUUUUGGAGCGUGGUAUGGCACCGACAGUUGCGGGUACUUCUCUACAACCAUGGUUACUUUAUCACUCAUUCCAUCCUACGUCUACCCCUUCCAGACAGCGUUUCACCCGAGUCCAAGGCCUUGCUAUUGCUUAUUCGAUAUGUCAGGAUGCAAGCGAUCUUUCUAAUGUCGGGGUUAAUGCACAUGCCUAUCGAUAUGAUGCAGAACAUUCCUCUGCGGGAGUCCGGGAUAGUGAUGUUCUUCACAGCUCAAGCUCUAGGGAUCCUGAUUGAGGAUACAGUCUGCUCUACCUACCGCUGGAUCACGACUGGGUCAUUCUCCCGUCAAGCCCACAGGGGCUCGAGGACGAAGGAACCGGCGCUAUGGAAGAAGCUGAUCGGCUUUGCCUGGGUUCUAUGCUGGGCGAUGUGUUGUGUGCCACCUUGGAUCUUCCCUACCAUCCGCCAGUCUGCCAUGUCCGCUGUUCCUUAUUCGUUCUUCACCAAGGCGUAG